AUGUGCGGUAUCAGUGCCGUCCUUUUGACCGGAGACUCCCCAAAAGCCUCGAACGACAAUUCCUCGUCGUCCCUCAAAGACCAACUCGGGCAGAGUCUGGAUCUGAUUCAACACCGUGGGCCAGAUGCGCGCGGGGAAUGGGCUAGUGAAGAUGGAAACGUUCAUCUUGGACAUGUUCGACUAUCUAUCAUUGAUCUCAGUCCCCAUGCAAAUCAGCCCUUCCAUGAUAAUGUAGAUGAUGUUCAUGCGGUCGUCAACGGCGAGCUGUAUGACCAUGAACACUACCGAAAGCUCCUAGGCGGCGAGUAUUACUUCUGUAGUCAAAGCGACUGCGAGGUCGUACUGGCGCUCUACAGACAUUAUGGUUUGUCGUUUCUGUCUCAUCUUCGAGGGGAGUUUGCUUUGAUCUUGUGGGAUGCGCGCAGAAAAUUGUUUAUUGGCGCACGAGACCGGUACGGUGUCAAGUCGCUUUACUACACCGUGGUGAACAACCGACUACUUGUCGCCACUGAGAUGAAAUGCUUUCUUCCAUUUGGGUGGAAGCCUGAGUGGGAUAUUCAGGGUAUGAGGGAGUGUCGUUGGAUGCUUGGCACUGGCACUAUGUUCAAAGGGGUUCAUUCGGUUCCUCCAGGGCAUUAUAUCACAAGCAGGAAUUUCAGCCCAAUUAAGGAGGCAGUCUAUUGGGAUGCUGAGUAUCCAGACAAGAGAACCCCCGAGAUUCGAUCGGAAGCCGAGAUGAUCGAAGGUGUGCGGAAUCGUCUCAUGGAUGCCAUUAAGAUUCGGCUUCGGGCCGAUGUCCCUUUGGGAAUCUACCUCAGCGGUGGAAUUGAUUCCUCGGCGGUGGCCGGGAUGGUAGCUCAUCUCGUCAAGGAAGAGGGAGCUCGACUUGGCAGUGAUGAUAGCCAUCAGCUGUCGCGAAUCAAGUGCUUUACAGUGCAGUUUGAUAAGGAUAGUGGAGCGGACGAGUCCGAAAUUGCACAGCGCACCGCCGAAUGGCUCGGUGUUGACUUUCACCCGGUGCCUGUGGAUGAGGAUGUUAUUGUCUCUAAGUUUGAAGACGCCGUUUGGCACAGUGAACUGCCCGUGGCGGACACAAAUGGCAUAGGGAGACUUGCUAUGGCCGAAGUCGCCAAAUCCCACGGGAUCAAAGUAAUCCUAACAGGUGAAGGAUCCGACGAGCACUUCGCAGGGUAUGACUUCCUCGCGGAGGACCUUUUGCUUGAAAAGGACCCCUCAUGGGCCUCAUCACUAUCUGAGACAGAUCUCGCAGAAGUGACACAAAAGCUCGCUACAGAUAAUGCAACAGUCUUCCCCUCCGUAAAUAGAAAAGAAUUGCUUGCGUCGACGCGCCGAAUGCUUAAUGAUACCUCCAUAUUAAGCAAAUCGAUAAAAUUCGGUCGCCUGCCCUUCGCUAAAUGGACAGACAUACACGCGGCCACGUUACCCGAAACGUCGCGCGCAGAGAGUCUCGACGGACGGGUUCGUGACGCUAUUGCAAACCGCUGGCAUCCACUGCACACAGCAGAAUAUCUCUUCACGAAGGGGGUGUUCUGCAACAUGCUGCUUCGCUAUCUCGGUGAUAAUAUCGAUAUGGUCCAUCAUGUCGAGACCAGACCUCCCUUUCUGGAUCACCAUCUUACGGAAUAUGCCAACAGCCUGCCACCCAGUUUGAAAAUUAAAGCCUCCUUGCCAGAUGGGGGUUUGACAGAGAAGUAUGUUCUGCGAGAGGCGGUGCGUCCCUUCGUCACUGAUGAGAUCUAUAAGCGGAGGAAGAAGCCGUAUCUUGGACCUACAGUGUUCCAAGAAAAUGGGCCGCUGCAUCAAUUAGUCCUCCGUCUCACUUCCCAGGAGAAUGUGGAGGCUCUUGGGUUUAUAAAAUGGGACGAAACACGAGAUCAUGUUCGGAAGGCAUUCCAGGAUUCGGAUGCUUGGUCUUUGCGAAUAGCGUUCAGUGUUUGUCAGCUAGUAGUACUCUCGCAGAGAUUCGGAGUUGCCAAAGCUACACCUUAA